AUAAUGGCAAACAUGCACAGAAACCUCUUGCCCCAUCAAGAAUGUCAUAUGAUGAGGCGAAGAAACGAGGAUUGUCGGAAUGAUUUACAUCUCACUUCAGCUGGUGUAGGACAAAAUUCCAAGUUGCGACCACGUGAUCCACCUUACAACGACCAACACUACCAAAGUGCUGGACAGGGCCUUAUUUACAGGAACUUACCUGCUUUCCCUCCCAGACAUUUCAAGCACACAAUAGAUGACCUGCUACCCCACGGUCUAGCCAAGUCUCAGCGUCCUGUGAUAAGUGACCACUAUCUGACCACUACAGCGCAAUACCAUGACAGAAAGCGCGGCUCACUACCUGACUACAAGCGUGCAGGCGACAGCGACAAGGUGCUGUAUAUCCAGGAGUUUGCUAAGAAGUUGGAUGAGAGGAGAUGGAGACCUCCUCUAACUAUGGGUAACCAGAAGUCAGAGUGUCAAGACCAGUACAAGGGAUUGCCGGUAGUUGAGAUGAAGCAACCUGAUCGUGGCCCUAAACCCUUCCAGCUACGACAACACGACUCUAACGGACCAAGCAAGCGAAUGAUACCAACGACGCAAAACAAGCAGACAUCAGGAAAAACCUACUAUGCUGUAGAUCAACAAGUUCUGAGGAAACUAGACCCGUAUAGUACAACUUCUCAGGUCACUCACAGACCUUUUUCAAGUAAUGAGUUAUGCGGGUACCCACGCAAGGAUAUCGCUACCUACUGGGAUUGCGAAGGAUACCCGAAAGCGUGGGGGCACGGAACGGACAACAUCCAGCUGGUGAAAAACAUCGGAAACAAGUCUAUGGUAGACACCAUGGUAUUUCAAACAGAGAUAGCGAGGCAGUUGAACCCAAAUAAGGGAGUGCACGUGCCCCAUAGUGGUAUUAAUAUCUCUAGUGAGCGCCCUAGAGAAGUCAGAGUUCCUCCUGUACCAAGGUCGUAUGCGGUUAGAACAGCGCCAAUUCCGAUAAGCUACCAGACAGCCAACAGUACUUACGGGACGAUUCCACGAUCUGUUCAAAUCUUACAGAAGAUGCAGCGAGCACCACUUAAUCUGACUGGAUAUAGGACGGACCCCGCAGCAAAUCUCGAGCAAGUUACCGUCCCGUUGGUUCAAUUUGCUUAAAUUAGGAUCAAACUUAGAUGAAAUACACUUGGAAUUUUACGGAGAUGAAUUUGAUUUUACGAGGACUAAAAACCGAUUGAAUUGACCUGAUAAAACUUUAAAGCUGGAAUAUCGUUUAUGUUAACUAUAAUAUUGUGUCUGCAAUGUGUUAUGUCGAUUCAUAGCAGGUUUUAAAGCUCGUUGUUACCAUCGAGUCAUAAAUAAUUUUAGUCCGAAUUUAGAGAUUUUGUGAAAUUUUUAAUAGAUUCGUGAUCGUGAAUACAUUGUACAGCUAUUUUUGAAGACAGAUAGGUUUUUAUUAUUAAAAUUUGCAUGUUCUGAUUAUUAUAUAGAUACAAUUUUUCGUCGAGAUAUUCUUGUAACGAUCGACAGAGUAAAGCUGUCCAGUGAUUGAAAUUGUGAAUUUCAGAGCGGAAUUGAUAGUUAAUAAGCAUUUUUGUCAAGAAGUUGACCUCAGGCCACCAACUGUCAGCAAUUUAGCAAUAGAUUUUGCAUGACUAAUCUAAGAUAUUGUAAAGUGCAUGUGUCUGAUUACAAGUUUGUUCACACUUUG